AUGGCAAACAACCGGUCAUCUCAGGAAGAGAAGCGUAAUCUGGAGGCUGGCGUUACUCCUGCCCCAGAGAGCAGCGGUCUGCACCCUGCCUUCUACAUUGCUCUGUGGAUUGCUUUGAGUUCCAGUGUCAUUCUAUUCAACAAAUGGGUUCUCUCAUCUGCCAAAUUUGCCCUUUUCUUGACAACAUGGCACAUGGUCUUCGCUACUGCCAUGACCCAGUUCCUGGCCCGUUUCACUACGGUGCUGGACUCUCGUCACAAGGUCCCUAUGACCCCUGCUACCUAUGGUCGCGCUAUUGUGCCCAUUGGUAUCAUGUUCAGCUUGAGUCUGAUCUGCGGUAACUUGGCCUACCUGUACCUCAGUGUGUCCUUCAUCCAGAUGCUCAAGGCCACCAACGUUGUCGUGACUCUGUUUGCCACCUGGUUCUUCGGAAUUGCCCCUCCCAACUUCAAGACUCUGGGCAAUGUGGCCAUCAUCGUUGCUGGUGUUGUUAUUGCCUCCUUUGGUGAGAUCAAGUUUGAGAUGUUCGGUUUCCUUAUCCAGAUCGGUGGUAUCAUCUUCGAGGCCCUGCGUCUUGUCAUGGUCCAGCGCCUCCUCAGCUCUGCCGAGUUCAAGAUGGACCCCUUGGUCUCUCUGUACUACUACGCUCCUGCUUGCGCUGUCACCAACGGUGUUGUUACCCUCUUCACUGAUCUCCCCCGCAUGAGCAUGGAGAACAUCUACUCACUUGGUGUCGCCACCCUUAUUGCCAAUGCCCUGGUCGCUUUCUUGCUGAACGCCUCCGUUGUGCUCCUGAUUGGCAAGACCUCUGCUGUUGUCCUGACCAUGGCUGGUAUCCUCAAGGAUAUCCUCCUGGUCUGCGCCUCAAUGAUCAUCUUCCGUGAUCCCGUCACUGGCCAGCAGUUCUUCGGUUACUCUAUUGCCCUUGGUGGUCUCGUUUACUACAAGCUCGGCCCCGAGAAGCUCCGCACCAUGUCCACCGAUGUGCGUCUCCAGGCUGCUGAGUACCGUCACAGCAACCCUGCCAAGUUCAAGGGAAUUCUGCUCGGAGCCGGUGCGACUGUCGUCUUGACUGUUCUCUACUUCGGAUCUCCAAGCACCAUUUCCGCCGCCCACUAA